CACCAACCCAUCCUCACCAACACGCCAGGUUGGUGGCCGAGAGGCUCGCCAGGCUGGCCUUUCGCGAGGACGCCAAGAGGAGCGGGAACCUCGCACUGGCAGCACCCUGGGAGAGGCUCGGGGCUGCCGCGCCCCCAACCUCCGCCCAAGCCCCUGAUUGGGUCCGCCCUUAUCUGCCCACUCCAGCCCGCUCCCGCGGGGAAAUCGAGCGACAUCCAGCGCUGACUGCCCAGUCCUCGCCCAAGACCAAGAUAAAGUGGGCACGUUUUGUUCUUGAGACCUCCAAUUUGGGAGUUUAAGGAGCUGUGAUUGCACUGGCGACCGCAUCCCAAAAGGGGCCGAGGCCCCCGGGGGUGGCAGUGCAGUCUUCUCUUCCGGAUUGCUGCAAGGGGGGCGCUCUAAGCACGCUUCUGCGGUGAAGUCCCAACUUUCCCGAUGGGUCGUUCUUUGUGCGGGGACCCGCGGCCGCGGCCGGUCAGCGCUCAGGUCUCGGGCCGCCCGGCCCCCGCCCCGCCCCGCCCCUGCCGGGCCGGCCGCCCCGCCGCGCCACGCUGGAGCAGCUCGGGACUUGGGAAGAGAGACUCAGAUCCUCUGCCCGCGGUGCACCCGGCCAGGUCUCUUAGGGCCGCGAGGGGGAGAGAGUCGCGAGGAGGUUGGUUCCGGGUUGCACUGGAUCAUUUACUCUGAUAAGGGAUCUACCCUGGAAACAUCACUGAAGCUUUCCCAGCAUCCCACCUGUGGCCUAUCACGCAGGUGCACCUGACCUUCCCGGGAGGACGUCCACGAGUGCCUGCGUGCAGCCCGCCGGCCAGCUCAGGGAAGGAUGCCAGGGUGGGGGCGCUGGGACGUGCCCAGGUCCUCACCCUGCGGUGUGUCCGAGUCUUUCGCAAUCUCAGCAACAAUGGUAUCAAAAGAAAAUAUUUUGUGAAAUAAGAAGCUCCUUUGACAUUUUUAAUGACCAACCUAUCUUAAGAUGGACACCUGCUCCAUAGAAUGUGAAGUUCCAUGGUCUCGAAGAAGCAAGUGCCCGUUUAACACUGAUUCUAAAUAAACAUGGACAUCAGAAUGUUUGUUAGUGGCAGAAGAGUGAGAAAGUGGCAUUUUCUCCAGUUAUGUGCCACUUGUUUUAUCCUGAGCCUCAUGAUGUUUUGGGAAACGUUUGAUAACCACAUUGUGAGCCACAUGAAGUCCUACUCUUACCGAUACCUCAUAAAUAGCUACAACUUUGUGAAUGAGAGCCUGUCUCUGAAGCACAGCGAGGAUGGGGCUACUCGCUACCAAUACUUGAUUAACCACAGGGACAAGUGUCACGCACAAGACGUCCUCCUUUUACUGUUUGUGAAGACUGCUCCCGAAAACCACGCUCGACGCUCUGCAAUCAGGAAAACGUGGGGCAAUGAGAAGUAUGUUCGGUCUGAACUUAAUGCCAACAUCAAAACUCUGUUUGCCUUAGGAGCACCUUCUAGCCCACUGACAAGAGAAGAACUGCAAAGGAGAUUGUUUGAGGAAGACCAAGUGUACAAUGAUAUAAUUCAGCAAGACUUUGCCGAUUCUUUCUAUAAUCUUACUCUUAAAUUACUCAUGCAGUUCAGUUGGGCAAAUACCUUUUGUUCCCAUGCCAAAUUCCUUAUGACUGCUGAUGAUGACAUAUUUAUUCACAUGCCAAAUCUUAUUGAAUACCUCCAAAGCUUAGAACAAAUUGGCGUUCAAGACUUUUGGAUUGGUCGUGUUCAUCGUGGGGCACCUCCCGUUAGAAACAAACACAGCAAAUACUACGUCUCCUAUGAGAUGUACCAGUGGCCAGCUUACCCUGACUAUACUGCUGGAGCUGCCUAUGUGAUCUCUAAUGAUGUUGCUGCCAAAGUCUAUGAGGCCUCACAGACACUUAACUCCAGUCUUUACAUAGAUGACGUGUUCAUGGGCCUCUGUGCCAAUAAAAUGGGGAUAGUACCACAAUACCAUGUGUUUUUCUCUGGGGAAGGUAAGGCUCCUUAUCACCCCUGCAUCUACGAUAAAAUGAUGACAUCUCAUGGACAUGUGCAAGAUCUUCAGGACCUUUGGGAGGAUGCCACAGACCCUGAAGUAAAAAACGUUUCAAAAGGAUUUUUUGGCCAGAUAUACUGCAGGAUAGUUAAAAUAUUUUACCUGUGCAGGUUGACCUACGUGGACACAUAUCCUUGCAGGGCUGCUUUUGUCUAAUAGUACUUGAAUGUCGUGUUUUCUCACUGUCACUGAGCCAAACCUGAAUGCAAAACCUUUAAAUGUGCAUCUGUACCCUAAGUGAAGUAUGAAUAGGAGAACAAAGAAAUAUUUUGAAAGCCCAGUCUCUCACAAGAUUUCUUUGAUUCUAGAAGCUAUUCAGUAUAACUUAAUGUACUUCAUUGCCUAAAUUCAUUUCGAGGAAUUUAUAUUUAAAAUCUUUUUUUAAAUCCUCACUUGAGAACAUGUUUUUUUUCCUCCCAAAUUGAUUUUUAGAGGUUGGGGGGAACAAGAGAGAGAGCAACAUCAAUGUGAGAGAGAAACAUUG